AUGGCACCAGCACUCAUCGAUAGCCAGGAGCCUACCUCCUUCCACAGCAAGGUCUUCCUAGGAAAGAACUAUGGGCGGUUUGAGCCUAAGUGUCAUCCCCUCGAAGGAGUUGUCUCGGAGGAAGUGAACGGCUUUUUCCUUGCUCACUGGCCUUUCAGAAGUGAUCGUGAGAGAAAGAAAUUCGUUGCUGCGGGAUUCUCCCGCGUUACAUGCCUCUACUUUCCCAUGGCAAAAGAUGAUAGAAUCCAUUUUGCAUGCCGGCUUUUGACCUUGCUAUUCCUGAUUGACGAUCUUUUGGAGGACAUGUCUUUUGAGGACGGCUCUGCCUAUAAUGAGAAACUCAUCCCCAUUGCGCGCGGGGAUGUACUGCCCGACCGAACGGUCCCCGUAGAGUGGAUCAUGUACGAUCUGUGGGACAGCAUGCGGGCACACGACAAAGUCCUUGCUGAUGAUAUCCUCGAGCCUGUGUUCACUUUCAUGCGCGCUCAGACAGACAAGGCCCGGCUCACCAUAAAGGAGAUGGGACCUUACCUGAUCUAUCGAGAGAAGGACGUGGGCAAAGCCCUGCUCUGUUCCCUGAUGCGAUUCUCAAUGGAGCUUCAUGUCACCCAUCAAGAACUUUCUUUUGUCCAACCACUCGAACAGAACUGUGCUAAGCAUCUCUCUGUUCUUAACGAUAUCAUGAGCUGGGACAAGGAAUACCUCGCCUAUCAAUCCGGCCACCCCGAAGGCUCAGCCAUUUGCUCCGCUGUGCAAGUUCUGUCGGAUGAGACUUCUCUUCCCUACGAAGCCUGCAAGCGUGUUUUGUGGGUUAUGUGCCGGGAAUGGGAGCAUCAGCAUGUGCUCCUUGUGGAACAAGCACAGGCUGAUGUCGACCUUCCAGCGAGUGAGAGUCUACUUGCAUAUAUUAAGGGAUUGGAAUACCAAAUGUCCGGCAAUGAGCUGUGGAGUGUGACUACGUUACGGUACAAUUCGCCUAGUGCGACCUAG